AUGUCCGACUUCGAGAAAUCUGACCGCGAUGCGGCAGCUCACCUCGACCACAAGGAGCCCGAGCACGGCGGCGAUCAGGAUGACCUCGCCGCGGUCAUCGCCAGCUCCAACAUUCAGCGUUGGAGUGCUACCUCGAUCAAGCUCUACCUUUCCGUCUUCUGCUCGUGCUGCUGUGCUUUCGCCAACGGUUACGACGGUUCGCUUAUGACUGCUAUUGAGGCCAUGCCCCACUUCCAGCAGACCUUCAACGUCGGGACCACUGGUGCGCUCAUCGGCACCGUCUUCUCUCUCUACACUGUCGGUUCCAUGAUCGGUGCCCCCUUCGCUGCUGUCCUUUCCGACAAGUACGGUCGUCGCAAGGCCAUGUUCGCCGGCUCGUGGGUCAUUAUUGUCGGCAUGAUCAUCAUGGCUACUUCUUCGCACAUUGCCCAGUUCAUUGUUGGCCGUUUCAUCCUUGGUUUCGGUAUCGCCAUCAUGACUGUGGCUGCCCCCGCCUACUCGAUGGAGAUUGCCCCUCCCCAGUGGCGUGGUCGCUGCACCGGUAUCUACAACUGUGGUUGGUUCGGUGGCUCGAUUCCCGCCGCCGCCGUCACCUUCGGUACCUCGUACAUCAACUCCAACCUUUCGUGGCGUCUCCCCGUCAUCUUCCAGGCCGUUGCCUGCUUCAUUGUCAUUGGCCUCGUCUUCGUCAUCCCCGAGUCCCCCCGUUACCUCAUCGCCAACGGUGAUGUCGAGGGUGCCCACGCUUUCCUCACCAAGUACCACGGCAACGGUGACCCCAACGCUCCCCUCGUCCAGUUCGAGCUCAAGGAGAUGCAGGCUUCCAUCUCGCAGGACGGCAUCGACAAGCGCUGGUGGGACUACCGCCCGCUCUUCCUCACCCGUGGCGGUCGCUGGCGUAUGACUCAGGUCCUUAUGAUCUCCAUCUUCGGCCAGUUCUCCGGUAACGGUCUUGGUUACUUCAACACUGUCAUUUACAACAACCUUGGUAUCACUUCGGUCGCCAAGCAGCUCGGCUACAACCUCCUCAACCAGGUCGUGUCGGCCAUCUGCGCUCUCUCGGCCGCCUCGAUCACCGACCGCAUGCCCCGUCGUGCCAUCCUCCCCGCCGGUACCCUCAUGUGUGCCGUCCUCCUCGGUAUCAACUCGGGUCUCUCGGCUGUCCUUGACCGCCAGACCCACCGUGGUGACGGCAGCGUCUCCUCUUCGGUUGCCCAGGGUGCCCUUGCCGCCUACUUCCUCUUCAACUGCAUGUACUCGUUCACCUACACCCCUCUCCAGGGUGUCCUUCCCGUCGAGUCUCUUACCACCACGAUGCGUGCCAAGGGUCUCGCCGCCUCGGGCUUCAUCGUCUCUGCCAUCGGUUUCAUCAACCAGUUCGCCGGCCCCAUCGGUCUCGCGAACCUCGGCUACAAGUACAUCUACGUCUUCGUCGGAUGGGACGUUGUUGAGGCUGUCCUCUGGUACCUCCUCUGUGUCGAGUCCCAGGGCCGUUCGCUCGAGGAGCUCGACUGGAUCUACGAGCAGCCCCACCCCGUCAAGGCCUCGAAGAUGUACAAGAAGAUUGUCGUCUCCGAGGGUGGCUUCAUCGCCAACUAG